CUAGGUCUCCGCCCGGAUCCAGCCUCCAGCUGGUACUAGGCCGCUGACCCAGGCGCGGGAGAGUGACUGAGCACCGGGAGGGUGGCGAUUUGCUGGGACUGGAGGUUCGAACUGCUCAGGGUCUUAAAUGCUGGAAUAAGUGGGGUGAACGAGUGUUCUCAGAGCUGGUCCCUAGGAAGUGCUGGUGCCUAGGGUUGAGCUGGGGUGAGAGGGGAGAGGGCCAGACCCAGAGACCAGGAUCGGGCUAGAGAAGCCAGGACUACACCACCUUGCCUGGGCCAGGGCCGCGGUGGGGGGCGGGUCCUGAGCUUCUGACUCAGCUACCCUCCCUAGGACACCAAGAUGCCUGGCGAACAACAGACGGAGGAGGAGGAAGAAGAGAUGCAAGAGGAGAUGGUGCUGCUAGUGAAGGGUGAGGAGGAUGAGGGUGAGGAGAAGUAUGAGGUGGUGAAACUCAAGAUCCCUGUGGACAACAAGGAGGUCCCAAGCCAGGCGCCAGCGCCAUCUGCCGAUCCGGCACGCCCACAUGCGUGCCCAGACUGCGGCCGGGCUUUUGCUCGCCGCUCCACACUAGCCAAGCAUUCGCGCACGCACACUGGCGAGCGACCCUUCGCAUGCACUGAGUGCGGCCGGGGAUUCUCGCAGAAGUCGGCGCUGACCAAGCACGGCCGCACGCACACCGGUGAGCGGCCCUACAAGUGCCCUGAGUGCGACAAGCGCUUCUCGGCUGCCUCCAACCUGCGGCAGCACCGGCGGCGCCACACUGGCGAGAAGCCUUAUUUAUGCACACACUGCGGUCGCCGCUUCGCACAGAGCUCCAACUACGCACAGCACCUGCGCGUGCACACGGGCGAGAAGCCCUAUGCCUGUCCAGACUGUGGACGUGCCUUUGGUGGCAGUUCGUGCCUGGCGCGCCACCGACGCACGCACACAGGCGAGCGGCCUUACGCGUGCGCUGACUGCGGUACGCGCUUUGCGCAGAGCUCAGCGCUGGCCAAGCACAGGCGUGUGCACACUGGAGAGAAGCCGCACCGUUGCGCGGUGUGUGGCCGCCGUUUUGGGCACCGCUCCAACCUGGCGGAGCAUGCCCGCACGCACACUGGCGAGCGGCCCUACCCGUGUGGCGAGUGCGGCCAGCGUUUCCGCCUCAGCUCACACUUCAUUCGCCACCGUCGUGCGCACCUGCGGCGCCGUCUCUACAUCUGCGCUGGCUGCGGGCGAGACUUCAAGCUACCCCCUGGAGCUACGGCCGGCACUGCCACUGAGCACUGCCCAGAGUGUAAGAGCAGCUGAUCUGUAGUCUGGUGGCUGUGGGGUGCUAGUGUCCAGUACACCAGUGUUCCUGAACCAACUCUGAGGAUUGCGACCCUUCGGGGCUAAAUUAACGUGAUGGACUACUACCCGGCACCCUGGUCUGAGAAAGGGUGGGAUGGAAGGCCUGGCUUCCCAGUACUGGGACAUGUGCGGAUCCCUGCAAACCGUGCUCACUUCCCCUCACAAGUCCUCAGCCCAUUCUAGUAAAUGAAGUAUAUCCUCACCUGA